AUGUCGAAUGAUAAAAGAUCGAAAGAAACUAUUUGCAAUCCAGAUGAUGUCAAUAAUAUGGAAACGCAGGAUACGAAAUCGUCUCCGGUUGGUGAGAUGUUCACACAGACGAGCAAUCCUAGUAAUUUGUCAAAGGAAAAAGAUAAGGAGAGUGAAAAGGAGACGCAGGAGAAGACACCACUGUCGCCCGUUCGAUUUCGUCGAGUGAUGAAGAUCACGAAUUCGGAUAUCGACGAAUACCUGACACAAUAUCCAUUCUAUCACGGAUAUCUGCUUCAUGAAUAUCAGUCGAUGCUUCUGAGAAGCACAGGCGAUUUUGUAAUGCGAUUGUCGGUCAGAUACCAUGUGAAGAAAAGGAAAAGGGCGUCGAGAGAACCGGUUGAUAAAACAACGCCCGGGAAAGCAGUGAUCGCCGAAGGAAAUAUGGGACAGAAUGGGCUCCGCUAUAAUAUUGUGUUCGGCGUUUACACAGGUCAACCGCCCGACACGUCGUUCAAUCCGGCAAAAAGCGUGUAUGGCGAAUGUCUCGACGACAACCACAAGAGUUCGGACAUUCUCGAUGUUCCGAUGUAUGUCGAACAUGACAAUAAUGGAAAAUGGGCGCAGUUUUAUUUUGACAAAAAGAAAAAGUUUGCGACAAUCGAUGAAUUGAUCACUCACUAUAAAACGAAUCAAGGAACGCAUAAAGACCGUAAAUUUCUUCUACUCAGAGGUGUUCCGCUUCAAAUUUGGGAGCUUGAUCAAAGUCAAAUCGAGUUUGGCUCAAAACGACUUGGUGAAGGCGCAUUUGGAGAGGUGAAAAGCGGCACUCUUAAAGUGGACAAAACCCUUCCGAACAAUGUGGUUCCGCCGGUUCCUGUUGCGAUUAAGAUCUUGAAAUCGGAAGAAUCGAAAGGAGCCAUCAAACUGAUAAUGCAUGAAGCACGGCUACAACUCUGCUUAAGGCAUAGGAAUGUUCUGAAGACGUUGGGUGUAUCAAUUCUGAAAUCCCCAAUUUUCAUCGUCACCGAAUUUUGCCCGAAUGGAUCUUUAAAAGACUAUUUACAAAAAAAUAAAACCGAUGUUGACGAGAAGAUUCGCUUUUGUCUGGGAUCGGCGCGAGGUGUCGAGUACCUCCAUAGCAAAUUGCUGAUUCAUCGCGAUCUUGCCACCCGAAACGUGCUUCUCAACGACAGCAAAGUGCCGAAAAUUGCGGAUUUCGGCCUCGCGCGAUACGGAUCCUCGUAUAAAAUGACAGCGAGCAUGAAAAUCCCAAUAAGAUAUCUCGCCCCCGAAGUACUCACCACUUAUAAAUUUUCUCAGAGAUCAGACGUUUACUCAUUCGGUCUUGUCAUUUGGGAAAUCUUUGAGAAUGGCCAGGAGCCUUAUGUCAAACCUCAACCUCAUCAGGAAGCGCUUUUUCCAAAAAUCAGCGCUCUUAAAGGAGUGCACGUCAAAGAGCUAAUCAGAAAAGAGUUGUGGGUAAAAUUUAAUUCGGAGACACCUCCACAAAUUGCGCAAUUCGUCGCCGAGCGCAUUUUUGUGAGCGACGAGCGUAAACGGGUAACAAUGCCAGAGAUUGUCGUUUUUCUCAAAUCCAUUUAUAAGUCAUCGAAAACACGAGAAACGACGACAGUCACAAUGGGAUGA